AUGAGGACUACUCGCUCUUCGGCGAGGAUUGCUUUGUCGUCUUCAACAGCGACUUCCAUUUCCAAUCCUUCUCCAGCAUUGAGUUCUAGGGCUGAGUCCAUAAAGACAGAGGCUGAAACGCCUAUGACUUCUGACCUUGAAGAAGAUUUGGUCCCUGUCAAGACGCGCAAUGCAAGUGCGCGAGGAAGCAAAAGGGGGGCCAAACGCUUUACUGAGAAUGACGAUGAGGAAGAGUCGAUAUCUGUCGCCCCUGCGCCUAAACGAAGACGCAGUGCUACUGUUACCCAACAAGUUUACGUGGCAGUCCCAACUGCGAAAAUCAAAGGAAAAUUACAGAAAGAGACUCCAAAGACUAGGGGAAAGGGCAAGGCCAAAGAUGUUGUCUCCGCAAGGCCGUCCUCCGACAGUGAGAAUGAACCAGAAGAUAGCGACCUGGAAUACGACGAAGACGAAGCUCGGGAAAUUGAUGAAUCGGACGAAAGUGACUCAGAGUUUAGGAUAUCUGAUGCAGAUGAAGAAGACGAGGAGAUUAUGAUCGAUGACGCAGUGCGCCUGUCACUUCAAACAUCUCAAGCCAACGGUGCCGGCUCAUCUUCGAAUCGUGUCGCGGGCCCCAGCCCUGCCGCCAUGUUGCGUGCUGCAGCUGCAGAGCGUCGGUUGGCACGUCAGCGAGAAGCUGAGACGGUCGAAAAUUUCCAGGAACUGGACAGCGACGACUUAGAUGAAUUUUCUUCGGAAGAUGAGCCAUUAGCAGACAUUUUAUCCAGCGAGGGGAAAGGAAAAGGAAAGGAACUCUUUACUUCAACUCCGACGAGGAUGAUUUCUUCAAAGAAGUCCAUGACAUUAUCUGAACUGAAGAAACUAGCUAAGGAGCGACGCUCGGCGUUUCGCAAUGCUCGCAUUGCAAACAAGAAAGAGGAACGUGCACUUGUGAAAGAGCUUGGCAGGAGAUUGACCCAUGCGGAGAGAACGUCCCUUGCUUUGCGCAGGAAUCACCCUGAAUUGAGGGAUGUCUGGGGUGAUCUCGAAAAGGAUAUUCCCAUCAUUCAGCCCAAGAAAGCAGAACAGCCUACCAAUCUCAAAUUAACAUUACUUCCCUUCCAAAAAGAAAGUUUGUAUUGGAUGAAACAGCAAGAGAAGGGUGUUUGGAGCGGUGGUAUGUUAGCAGAUGAAAUGGGAAUGGGGAAGACUAUUCAGAUCAUAUCGUUGUUCGUAUCUGACGGUUCAAAACCCAACCUGGUCGUUGCCCCUACCGUGGCCAUCAUGCAGUGGAGAAAUGAAAUUGAGGCCCAUACGGAUGGUUUGAAGGUGCUUGUAUGGCACGGGAGCUCUCGUGAAUCCGAUGCGACUGAAUUAGCCAAGUACGACGUUGUGUUAACAACUUAUGCUGUCCUCGAAAGCUGCUUCCGUAAGCAGCACAGUGGAUUCAAACGAAAAGGCUUAAUUGUCAAGGAGAAAUCGCCUGUACAUCAGGUUGACUGGAACAGAGUUGUUUUAGACGAAGCUCAUAAUAUUAAAGAGCGAUCAACCAACACGGCAAAGGCAGCAUUUGAACUCAAAUCUAAAUUUAGGUGGUGUCUUUCGGGAACGCCUCUCCAAAAUCGUGUCGGAGAACUUUACAGUCUCGUUCGAUUCUUAGGAGGAGAUCCUUUCUCAUAUUAUUUUUGUAAGCUGUGUGAAUGCAAAUCCUUGCAUUGGACUUUCAGCGACAAGAAAUCCUGUGACGAUUGCGGACACAGUCCCAUGCAGCAUACUUGUUUUUGGAAUACCGAAAUUCUCACACCGAUUCAAAAACAUGGCAUGAUUGGCCCUGGCAAGAACGCUUUCAAGAAACUCAAGAUUCUAUUGGAUAGAAUGAUGCUUCGGAGAACCAAACUCCAAAAAGCAGACGAUCUGGGUUUACCACCGAGAACUGUGCUCGUUCGACGUGAUUAUUUUAGCCCCGAAGAAAAGGAACUUUAUUUAUCUCUCUUCUCGGACGCAAAACGACAAUUUAAUACGUAUCUUGAUCACGGAACCGUUUUGAAUAAUUACUCCAAUAUUUUUAGUCUGCUCACUCGAAUGAGACAGAUGGCGUGUCAUCCAGAUCUUGUCCUUCGGAGCAAGACGAACGCCACUCAGUUCGUGGCUGAUGUAGCUGAUGACACUACCGUUUGCCGUAUUUGCAAUGACAUUGCGGAGGAUGCUAUUCAAGCUAAAUGCAGACAUAUUUUCGAUCGUGAAUGCAUCAAACAGUAUCUGGAAAUAGCCAACGAUGACAACCCUGCUUGUCCAGUCUGUCACUUGCCAUUGACAAUUGACCUUGAAGCACCAGCGCUUGUCCUUGAAGAAAACAUGGCCAACGUUCGUCAAGGCAUUCUUGGUCGUUUGAACCUCGAUAACUGGCGUUCUUCCACCAAGAUCGAAGCUUUGGUGGAAGAGCUCAGCAAUCUUCGCCUGAAAGAUGCCACAACAAAGAGUCUCGUGUUCAGCCAGUUUGUCAACUUUCUGGAUCUUAUUGCCUACAGGUUGCAGCGAGCCGGUUUUAAUAUUUGUCGUUUAGAAGGUACAAUGUCUCCACAGGCUCGAGAUGCUACCAUCAAGCAUUUCAUGAAUAAUGUCGACGUCACUGUGUUCCUCGUCAGUUUGAAGGCUGGAGGUGUUGCCCUAAAUCUCACCGAAGCUUCUCGUGUGUAUCUCAUGGAUAGUUGGUGGAAUCCUGCGGUUGAAUAUCAGGCUAUGGAUCGUAUUCAUCGUCUUGGCCAGCGCAGACCCGUUCAGGCCAUCAAACUUGUCGUGGAAGAUAGUAUUGAGAGUCGCAUCGUACAGCUCCAAGAGAAAAAGAGCGCCAUGGUUGAUGCCACAUUGUCAGCCGAUGAUUCUGCUAUGGGUCGCCUUACCCCUGAAGAUUUGGGUUUCUUGUUUAGAUUGUAA